AUGUUCCCCUACGCUCACCUCGACACCCCCUUCAGCGACACCCUUGGCUUCCCCGAAACACCCUCAGCGUACCUAGAGGACAUGGACUCCAUAGACUCCAUUGACCCUUUCUCUCUUCAUUACAAACUCGACCCUGUCGACGCAUCUCCUCUCACCCUCUUCGGACCUUAUGAAUCUUCAUCCAGCUCCAACUCGACCCGAUCCACUACUACGCCAGACAUUGACUACUGCAGUGAUCAAGAAUCCCAUCCUGACGCCCCGUUCUGGCGCAAGCGUGAGGACACUCCAUAUCCCAACCGUUCGGGUACUCCGCUUUUGCCCAAACGUGAGGAUACUCCAGCUGAGGACGAGUCGUCAAACGACAUUGCACUCAGCUUUCCCACUGCUGAUCGCAAGAGAUCUUGGAAGUCGUUCUAUGCUUCACUCAAUCUUUCGCCGGAGUCUUUGGAAGCACACCUGGACUCUGCUGCUUCUUCUCCAGUCUUGACACCUUUGCGCCAUCUCAGCGUCACUCGCGCUGCAUCCCCGUCCGCUCACGAUUCAGAUCAAGAUGCAUACGGUGAGAGUGACGGCGACGACGACGACGAAUACCUUCCGUUCGUCGAGACCAACCCCCGGAAACGCAGCCGUUCUUCCAUCUCCGUCAGGCACAACGCGUCCCCGUCCCCAUCCUCCCACCAUAAUCGCCGUUCUGUAAAGCGUGCUCGCGUGUCUCCUCCAUCUCGCAACAAGCAAGCAUCCUCCACCACAUCUGUCGCUAUUCGCGAAGCAGUUUCGGUCGCUUCAUGCCAUCAAAUGAACUUCAUCUGCCCAGAAUGUGGUUGGAAGCAGACAAACAGGCGGAUGCCCGAUUUCAAGAGACACAUGAAGACCCAUACGCGCCCAACUGAAGACGACCAGUCCAAGGGUUGGUGGUGCAAGGGAGUUCUCCUCGAGAACGUUGAUCAGUACAAAAAAAUCCCCCGCGACGCUCUGCCAUACAUGUUUUUGGGUCAAGAGAGGAUUGGGGGAUGCAUGCGCACCUUCAGUCGUCGCGACGCCUUGAAGCGGCACUUGGACAACGGCAAUGUCCAAUGCGUUGGCACGCCGUGCGCAGCAGGUCAAGAAGAGUAGAUUUCCUUGGGCAAAAACAAAAAAUUCGUUCGAACUCGGUUACUUAACCAUGUACCAUAAUAUCUAUUCCCUCCAUUUGUAUAGCUAUACCUAUUCCUGCCUCUGCAGAAUAUCUUACACCUAUGUACUACCCCGCUGUAUUAAUCACACAUACCAGUUUAAUUUGA